AUGCCUGAGAUGAGCUACAUACCGUCGGGACUAAAUCCCGCGGAUUAUUAUUCACGAAAAUUGACUCGUUCAGACGCAAUUCUCACUGCUGCGUCAUGGGGUGUGGUCCAAGAGGAAUUUGGGGGUCCAAGUGGACACAACUUCGACCUCAUGGCUUUAGAUUCCAAUGUACAACACGACCUUAAGGGCGUUCCUCUUGCUCAUUUUACCCCCUUUUUGACACCAUGUUCAGCCGGAGUGAAUCUAUUACAUCAAGACCUAUCCAUCUGCGAUGGUAUUACAGUCAAUGCUUACGUCUUCCCUGCUUUUUCGCUGGUUGGACCAUUGCUUCGGUUCCUUCGAUCCCAAAGAGCCACGGUUACGUUUAUGGCCCCGAGAUUGUCGCUACUCCCUGUCUGGUGGCCCAUAAUCAACUCGAUGCCCAAGAAAAAGGUUUUGAUCGCCUGUAAAGGAAGCACUUAUAUCAUUGCCAUUUGAACUUUGGGCUUUCCGUAUUGGCCCAACAGUGUGAGUCAAAGUUAUUAAUAUCUCUUAUUCGUCUUUCUUUUUAGACUCUCGCUAUGGUUCCUCGACUACUUGUACCAGCAGUAUCGUGUCCAAAUGUAGCUAUCCGAAUGACAAUUCUUUCAAGUUUUGCCAACGUUGCGGUUAUAAACGCCACCUGCAGGCAUCAAUGACAACAACGUCAUUAAAGGCGCCUAUCAAUUGGAUUGCUAUUAAGGAAAGAAAGGAUUCUUUAGAGAAGCGUUUGCUUUCAACCCCGAAAAAGAAGGCCCUCCUUUUUAACCACGUGUUGACAAAGUCACUUCGAGAUGGAUCUGAAAACGUGUUUGCUUUAAAGAGGUAUAAAGACCCUGUUUUAUGA